UGUAAUUUGGCACUUGUUCUACUUGACGCCCUUCAUCUGCCCUGUUCUUGACCCCUCCAGAACCCUAAUUCAUACGCUCGGGCGUUUCUUCGGUUUCCUGAGAGCAGCCGCGUUCUUCGUCUCGCCUUCCACAAUGGUGAAUGUGCCAAAAACAAAGAAAACAUAUUGUAAGAACAAGCAAUGCAAGAAGCAUACCUUGCAUAAAGUUACUCAGUACAAAAAGGGAAAGGAUAGUUUGGCUGCCCAAGGUAAGAGGCGUUACGAUAGGAAGCAAUCUGGAUAUGGAGGCCAAACAAAGCCAGUCUUCCACAAGAAGGCUAAAACAACAAAGAAGAUUGUGUUGAGGUUGCAAUGCCAGAGCUGCAAGCAUGUGUCUCAGCAUCCAAUUAAGCGCUGCAAGCAUUUCGAGAUUGGUGGUGAUAAGAAGGGAAAAGGGACUUCGCUAUUCUAGGUUCUUUUUGUUUUCUUUGCAUCGAGGGGACACUGUGGUGAACAUUCCGGUUCUUGUCAAGGCCUGGGGAACUUAAAGAAGCAUCGUUUGUUGUUGACGGUCUCAAGCAUGUAUUAGUUGUUUUUGCACGCAAGUAGGGAAGAAAACAAACAUCGUGAGGCAUUUCUUUCUUUAGUUAAACAUGUUUUUAACGUAGACAUGGUGUAGUACUAUGCUAUAUAAAUUUUUGUUCACCUUGAAUUUUUUAA